AUGAGUGAGUAUCACGUGAUCCUGGUGCACCUGCUGAUGGUCACGGCUGACCUAUUGGUGCCCUCUAGCGCCCUCUGCACUUUUCCUGAGUUCAUGACCAGAAAGGGCGCUAACUCCUGGCAGGGUGACUACAAGGAGGGGAACCAUUUCGCCAUUUUCAUGCCGACAGAGAUUAAAGUGCGUGAACCCACCUCGAUGGGCCAGAACCUCGUGUACGUCCGUCAGUGCUACAGUCUACAAGACGAGGGCAAGUACAUCGUGUACGAGAAGAACAACGGCGGCACGUCCUUCUUCUGCAUGCAGUUCAUCCCCAGGGGCGACACCAUCGUCCAGUUCAAGGUGUCGCGGAAGAGCAACAACGCCUCGACCAUCGACUGUGAAGACUCGGCCAUGGCCUACGACAACUACCCGUUGGUCCGGGUCGGUUACAACUCGUCCGUCACCUGCCCGUUCUCAGGCGGCUACAACAUCCGGGCCUUCUACCCCAACUCGUCAGACAUCUGCACCGACAUCCAGCUGAUCCGCCUGGAGAGCGAGUGCGACAAGAACAGCGGGAUAACUUUGAACUUCAGGAGAGAGGAGUGUGUACCAAGAGACUUCGUGAACGGAAGGGUGAACAGAAUCCACCAUCUUAGCUGUGUGACGCACUGGACUUUGGGCGACUUCACCUUCAUCAUACUACAGCACAAAGAGUACAGCAACAAAUUCUUCUGCCUCCGCACCAAAGACCCCCUGAACAACAUCGCAGAGGCCCACCUGUUCACCAAGCUGGUCUGUGAGACGGAACCUAUCAUGUCCGUGGAGCACACGCCCCACUUCAUUGAGCUCAAGCUCAGCAAGAAAAUCUUUUCCAGCACGUGCGAGGACGACCUUGACGAGUGCCACGAGACGUCCUACUACUGCGACCGUCCGGAGCGCGUGCUGUGUGCGCAGUCAUGUGACCUGUGUAAAACAGAGUCGGACAUCGGGAGCUGCACGUUUGGGGAGCAGUUUCGUGGGAGGUGGAUCGAGAGCAGCAAGUUCAAGGACACGGAGAUGGAGGUCCAGUCCUACUCCAUGAACAUCAGCGAGCCCAGCGAGUACAAGUGCCUGGACCUGGACACCGACCAGAAGAAACACCAGCGGGUCAUGGUCCAGCUCUUCAGCAACGGCUGCUACCCGCGCUACGUCUGCUUGGAACUGGAGAAGGUCACGUCCUCCGUGAUGAAGUACCGGAUGGGCAGACGGCUGGUGUGGCCGCUGGAGCAUUUCCUGACCCUCCCAAAGUGGACGUCGGAUGUGUGUAAGGCUGAGAACUUUGUUGUCAAAUCGGAGACGACCCACGAGCUGCAGUCAAAGCUCCUGGUGACGAUGGAUCAGAUUAAAGAGGUGCCGUGUGAGCUCCCACAGCGUCUGGAGAAGGUGGCCUUCAAGGACAACUCCCCCCCUCACAACUGUGGUGGCUGUCUGCAUUACGACUCAUCCAGCAAGCCGACCCAGUUCUCUAUCAGCCCAGUGAAUUGUUCCGUGUUCCUCCCGUGGCCGCUACAGUACAGCUGCCUGGCGUCCAACCGUAUCAACAACGACACGUACACCAUAGUGACCAAGACUCGCUAUUACGAGAGGGAGCAGUUUCUCUACUGGCGCUUUGAUAUCUUGCAGGGGACCAUCAAGGUUCUGAAGGUAGCCGAUGCACUCGCAUUCGAGGCGGAUGUGUCUAAAUCAGAUCUAAUCGUUGCCCUUUUCUCAAUCGUCAAGAGCGACAACUUGCUGUGUAAAAACUAUGUCCAGCUGCCGCCUUUUGAAGCGACAACCCCCCACCCAGCCUCUCAAAGGGACGACAACAACGCCAACAAUGUUAACAACGAUCGCAACAAUUAUGAAACCCAACUCGAGGUAGUCGUUGAAGGAAAUGAUGACAGGAAAGAAAUCAGUCAACCAAUCAACGACAAACAUCAAAUCGACUCUCCGAAAAGUGAGGGGUCCAAAAACAAAGGGCGAAAUCUCCAACCUGAAUUUGUAUUGGUUUGUUUCGCUGCAUCACUAUUGGUGCAUGUUAUUAGAACUGAUAUCUUUCAAGCUCUAAUCACUCAAAGAUGA